UGUGAGAUGGAAUUCUCUCUGGGUUGAGAUGUGGCUUCUUCAAAAAUAUUAAAGAAUUAAGCAUGGAAGACUGCAGAGUACUAGAACAUGAAUUAUCAUUCUCAAAUCUGAAGAAUUUGACCUCUUUAACAAUAACCCACUUCAACAAGCUUAAACAUAUCUUCUCACCAACUGUUGCUCGAAAUCAUACGUUGCAAUUGAAAGAGUUGCGCAUCAGAGAAUGUGCAGAAUUGGAGCAAAUCAUUGAUGUUAAAGUUAGUGAAGAAGUUGGAGCAAAUCUUCUCCAAACUCUAUCAUACAUUAGAGUGGAAAAGUGCCAUAAAUUAAAAAAUCUGUUUCCUAUCUCCAUAGCUCGGGGUUUUCAACAACUGAAUUUCCUAAUUGUAAUUGAUAACUCCGAAUUAGAAGAAAUAUUUGGAGAUAAUGAUGUGAUUGAUGAGAAAGAAAUCCAGUUGCCUCAACUUCAGACAAUAUACCUGAAAGAUUUACCAAGACUCACCAACUUUUGCCAUGUGGAUCAUCACUUCAUAUUUCCAGCACCACCACUUCGUCAUUUGGAAGUCAUAAGAUGUCCACAGAUAAGUACAAGAUUUUCAUGGGAUGAAGAAAAUAAAAGUGUGCAUGCGGAAGCAAAGGCACCCAUAAUAAGUAGCGCCGAAGAUGAUAGUCAGCAAGAGCAGGAACCCAAAAUAGGUAGCCAAGAUGAUAGUCAUGAAGGGCAGGCACCUGAAAGAGGCAGUGAAGAUGAAAUUCAUGAAGAGCAGGCACUUGAAAUGGGCAGUGAAGAUGAUAGUCAUGAAGAGACGUCUACAGAUCUCAUUUGCUGCAGGGGUGAUUUUCGAAAAUUACCUCGGUACAUGAAAAAUAAAGAGCUUUAUUCCGAUUCUCAUCCAACAAAAUGAAGAAAAUAACACUGAAACUUAGUAACAUGCUCAUCAUUUCUAA